AUGCAUGCCCUCAUGGUCUUAGCCAGCGGCGACGAAGACGCCGCCGAAUUCCCAGGCUCAGCAACACCACUCAAGGACGGAGUUCGAAUCUCCGACUGGGCCGUCAACGCGGCGGUGGAGCAAGAUAUCUGCCUCCUUCCGCAACCACUUCCAUACAAGAACGCCGUGGAUAUUCUCGAAGGCUAUCGUCUAGUGGAUGUCAUCGCAGUUGUUCAUAUCGGCGACGACCGCUAG